CUGUCCUCUGUAAUGGUUCUUCUGUGUAGUGUGAACGUCGGACCAUGCGUUGACCAUUUGCGAUUUACAUAAAGUGUUCUGCCGUUCCGCGUUUGUGUCACGAUUUUCCAGUUCUAAACAACGGAGAAUAUGGAUUUCGCCAAAAAUGUGCUCCAAAAAUAUGGAUGGAGAGAAGGCGAGGGGCUUGGAAAAAAUUCAAAUGGAAUAACCAAGCCAAUUAAGGCUAGCUUGAAGUUCAACAAUACGGGCUUCGGUGCCAAUCCGGCCCAAGAGCACACUAACAAAUGGUGGGAACGAGUAUUUGACGAAGCAGCUAGUAACCUCGUGGUGGGUCCAGCAGGCACUAUAACUCAGCGUGAGAAAGACGCUGUAGAGAUUUCCAACAAGAGUUACUCGGUGCGAAAGCUUAAGCAGCAAACCCAAGCGGAUGGUAAGGGAAAUUAUUCGGGUUUCCUAAAAGCGUCUACGCUGUUGACCAACGUUGGCCGAGAAGAGGAAUUGGCUGGACACGUUCGCACGGAGGACAUUGAAUUUAAACCGGCAAAAGUUUUAACAGAUGAGGAACUCUUUGCCGCCUGCGGAGGACGAACAGCUCAUAAAGGCGCCCGGCAUGGACUAAAGCUAUCCGGUAAAUUAGCUCGUUUGGAAGCCCAGGAUAAUAAGCUGCUCAAGGAAUUAGAAUCGAAAUCAUUUGAGUCGGUUAUCAAAAGCAACGAUUGGAAGGAGGUAAAGCGACGAAAAAAGUCCAAGAAGAAAAAGAGAAACGAAGAAAAGUGGACAGAGCGGCAUCAACAAGAGGAAGACGAUGAACUUAAAGAUAUGAUUCACAAUACAAACUACGUCGUUAAAAAGAAUAAGAAAAAAGUCAAAGAAGCUGCACAUGUCGAACUUGAUUUGGUCGAUGGGUUGGAACAAUCAAUGGGAUUCUUUGACACACUGCCAGAAGAUGAGGGGGUAGAGCCAGAUCCGCAACCUACUGUAGAAGAUGAGUUGAAAGAAUUGACUAAUCGUAUUCGCAAGCUGGAUCACAAUUCUAUCACCAUUAAAAAGAAGGAUAAGAAAAAGAAGCAGAAACUGAAGACUACACUGCAAACAAAUGAUAAGUCACUAGAUGAUGAUGAAUCAAUGGAUCCGACGGCCAAAUAUCGUAAAGAUUAUAAGAAGAAGCAAAAACUUAAUAACAAGCUGCUUCGUGAAUUGGUAAGCGACGAAGUACCGCAGAGCAAAACUCUGAAACCGAAAAAACUUUUGAAAUCCGAUAGCGAUGCUUCGGACAGCAGUGACGAAGAGCGGCAGGAUGUGGUUGAUAAAAUCAACGACCAGCGGCAGAAGAUGAAGCCCAAACUACCGCGCAUUAAGGUGAUAGAAGCAACAGAAGAAGAUCAGCAAAUGUUGGCCGAACAGUUCAAGCAGCGGCAUCGAAACCGCAACAAGCGUGUGGGUCGCCACAAAGCCAAGAGGCCAAAAAGCAAAAAACGGGACCGCAAGGUAGCUUUGUUGGCUGAUGAGUUGCUGAAAAACUUGUGAUAGCAAUUCAUCCAAAUGGUACAUCGCCAGAUGUGUUUUUCAAUGCCUUACUUCAAGGGUUGUUACAGAUUAUCAUCAGUAGCACACAAUGCAAUAAUGGUUUGCGCCAUUUUGUGAAUUUUUUUUCCUGAAUUUAAAUUUGUAAUUCAAGCAAUAAAUAUUUA